AUGAGCACCGCCAAGGCCGCCGCCAAGCAGGCCGCGAAGGAGCUCCUCGCGCUCUGCGCCAAGGAAGGCGUCCUCGUGCCCACAGACCCGAUGAACGCCAUGAUUCAGGCUGGCACGAUGCUCAAUGCGACGCGCGAAGACGGCGCAUACAACCUCGACGCGGCCUUGAAGGCGAUGACCGACAAGUUUGGGGCCAAGGCGCCCGAGGUGAAGGCAACCAAGAAGCGAAAGGCGCCGGCUAAGAAGGCCAAAGACGGCGACGAGGCCAAGGGUGCUGGCGACGACGAGGAUGGCGGCGAGGCAGCAACCAAGAAGAAGAAGAUUGCGCAGGCCACGAACGAGAAGAACCAGGCGCUGGCCGAGGCGUUUGCCGAGCUCGCGGGCUUUGAGUUCAAGCGCGGUGAGAAGUUCAAGGGCGGGUCGUACUCCAAGGUCGCCAAGGCGAUCCGCGAUGCCGAGGACAAGAUCGAGAGCGGGAAGGCGGCCAUGAAGCUCAAGGGCAUUGGCAAGGCGAGCGCGUCCAAGAUUGACGAGUUCCUCGAGCAUGGCAAGAUCGAAAAGCUCGAAGAGUACCGGGCAGGCAACAUGUAA